UUCAUGCAAUCGAGUGAAUCGCUUUUUUCUUAGAAUAAUGUGAAUAUUGUAAGGGUUAUUUACCUUUAAAGAUUAUUCUAAGGUUAUUUACUUGUUAUUACCACCUUUUACUAAAAUAAAUAAAUCACAGAGUACUUUUAUUUUUAACUGUGAAAUAUAUACUUUGGCCUUUUGAGUAAACACCGCAAAAAUCCAAAUUGCUGGUAAUUAAAUAUUAAUUGAAUUGUGCCAUAAAGUGUUGGAACUUAUUUUAAAUUACUGCUAUGCCCAGUUUAUUGUACUGUUUCUUUCUGAUCCACUAAUGAUAAAGAUUGUUAUUUUAAAGCCAAUAUGUUCGCAUUACAAGCGCGACGAAUUAUAAGUCUUAGUAAUAAAUUAAUAGUUCGAAAACUAAGAAACAGAAAGCUACCUGGCCCGAAUCCUGGUUUAGACGAACGUUUGACAGCAUUUAAAAAGGAUGGAGUUAAAAUAGAUGAAGAUGACGCCGAAGAAUUUAUCGAAGGGUCGGAAGGAACUUUUUUUAAUGUAGAUGAAGCAUAUAACAAACACAUGAAUGAGUCAUUAGGUAACAAUGAAAAUUUGCGUUACCAAAUUGUCAAAGAAAAAUACUUUAAAGAAAGUCUGCCAAACUUUCUCACAUGGAGUGAAAAAGAACAGAUUCGUCACUUAGCUAAUACAAUGCCAAAUGAGUGGACACCAGAAAGAAUAGCAGAAAGUUUUCCUGUCACUAAAAAUGUGGUUAAGAAAUUAUUAAAAUUUCCAUGGAAACCAGCUACAGAACAAAGAAUAGCAAGACACGAUGAAUCUGCAAUGAGAAAUUGGAGGGAACUAAAUGAAGGUACAUUGAACAUACCAGAAACUUUGAGACAACAUUUUCUCAAGUUUUCUCACAGAACUAUACCACCAUUAAACAAGUCUUCUAUCAAAGAAGAUUUAACACAAGAAAAAAUAGGUGAAUAUGAAAGUAUCAUAAGAAGAUGUGCAACUAAUGAAUAUGUUAAUGAAAGUAAUGAUGAAAUAAAUCCAAAAAUACAUGUGAACAUUGAAAAAGCUAAAGACAAUUCUAAAGUAACACUUGAUGAAUUAGCUAAUAAAAUCAAAAAAAGAUUAGAAGAAGGUGAUGUGAAUUUGUCAGAUAAGAUAAUUAUUGAUUCAAUUAGCCAUCUACCUAAAGAUGAUGUUUCUAAUGAUAAUAUUCAGUUGCAAACUGAUUCUCAUGAAGAAAAAAAUCUGGCAGAGUUUAAAGAAGAUCCUAAAGGCAUCCAGCAAUCAUUUGUAGGAACCAGUUACCCAGAGAGAAUAAGAAUACCAAAGAAUGCAUAUAAAAGAGAUGCCACAUACAAAGUUAAUGAUUGUUUCUAUGAUUAUGAUGGAAGGUUUUUGUAUCGAGUCAUUGGUAUGACCGGGAAUAAAAGUUAGUUACAAUUUAUUUUAGUAAUAAUUAGUUUAUAGUUAUUAAAUUGCUGAUCAGAAAUAAUCAUAUUCUAAAAUAAAACAACAACGAAGAAGCUUUA